AUGAUCGUCAAAAGUCGAAUUGACCGACAGCUCGUUCCUGACCUGAGAGAAACCCUGAACAUUCUGUGGGAGAGCCGGAUGCGGCUGAACCCGAAGAAGUGCACCUUCGGGGUUGGGUCGGGAAGGUUCCUGGGGUUCUUGGUCUCCCGCGAGGGAAUCCGGGCCAACCCGGAUAAGCUCCAGGCCAUCGUGGAUAUGGCCCCUCCGAGGAACGUAAAGGAGGUCCAGCGGCUCACGGGGAGGAUGGCCGCGCUGAAUAGAUUCCUCUCGCGUUCCGCGGUGAGGGGGCUACCCUUCUUUCGAAUCUUGAAAGCGCCCAAGGACUUUCAAUGGAUUGAGGAGUGCCAGAAGGCCUUCACCGACCUGAAGGCAUAUUUGGCCGAGCUGCCCACUUUGACCGCUUCGGAGCAAGGGGAAACCCUGUUCCUAUACCUGUCCGCCUGCCGCGAGGCCGUUAGCGCGGUCCUGGUGCGGGAAGACAGGGGGGUCCAGAGGCCAAUAUAUUAUGGCAGCCGUGCUUUACAAGGACCGGAAACGCGGUACACACCGGCGGAGAAAUUGGUCAUUGCCCUGGUGCACGUCGCCCGGAAGCUCCGACCUUACUUCCAAACCCACAGCGUUGUUGUCAUGACUGAUCAGCCCUUACGACAGAUACUUACAAAGCCUGAGGUCUCAGGCCGAAUGACUAAAUGGGCCGUCAAACUGGCCGAGCAUGACAUUGGCUAUCGGCCUCGCACCGCAAUCAAAGCUCAGGCUCUGGCGAACUUCCUUGUUGAAGGGACCAGCUUGCCAAGCCCCUUGCCCGAAGAGGUACGGCCGGAGGAGCCGUGGGUACUGUUCGUGGACGGGGUCUCGAGCAAGGAAGGGAGCGGAGCCGGCCUACUUCUCACAUCGCCCAUCGGGGAAGAGCUGACCUACGCGCUCAGGUUUGACUUCCCGGCCUCCAACAAUGAGGCGGAGUACGAGGCCCUAUUGACUAGAUUGCGGAUAGCCCACCAGAUGGGCAUAACUGCGAUCAAGGUCCGGAGUGACUCCCAACUCAUGGUCCACCAAGUUCGCGGGGAGUACGAGGCCAAGGAGAACAUCAUGAAAAGAUACUUGGCUAAGGUACGAGAGGCGAUAACCCUGUUCGAUGUUUUCGAAAUCGAGCAGGUGCCAAGGUCACAGAACAAGCGCGCGGACGCUCUGUCAAAAUUGACGUUUUCCUCGUUUGCCCACCUGAAUAAGGAAGUUUUCGUGGAGGUAAUCAAGCAAAAAAGCAUCGACCCGGCCCCAGUCCUAGUUAUAAAUAGCUCGGCCUCUUGGAUGUCUCCCCUCGUAAACUUCCUCAAUUCGGGUAUCCUCCCCGAGGACAAGACCGAGGCCCGACGACUCCAGCUCAGGGCUACCAAGUACGCGUAUGCUGGGAGGACCCUCUAUAAGAGGUUGUACCUGUCUCCCUGGCUAAAGUGCGUAACCUCCGAGGAGGGCGACUAUGUCCUCAGAGAAGUUCACGAAGGCUUAUGCGCGGCGCAUGUGAGAUCUCGGGUGUUGGCCAAAAAAUACCUGCUCCUAGGCUACUAUUGGCCCUCAGUGUUCCGGGACGCCGCGGCACUAGUUCAGCAAUGCCGAGCUUGUCAGGUGUAUGCCCCGCUGCGUCACCAGCCAACUCAGGAGAUGGUCCCCAUCCACAGUCCUUGA